AGGGAAUUGUGUCCAAUUACCCCUAUGUCCCACUGGUGUACAACAUCCAUCUUCCUGCAACACGACCUUCAUGGACCUAAGUAAUGCGUACCGAGAUCCCUGCGCUCUACAACAAUCCCUUUUAACCUAUGUUUCCACAUUCAGAGAACUAUAUGCCUGUGCGCCUCAAUCCCUCUGCUCUACAACACUCUCCAGAGGUGUGUAGAUCCUGCCCAUUUGGAAUUUUCAAAAUGUAACACCUCACGUUUUUCUGUGCAUGUGAAGGUUUUAUGGCCAUAUUUGUUGUUUCAGAACUUCCUCCGCCACCGACAAUCUCCAAGACUCCUGACUAUCCCGUGUAUGUGCCUGGAGAAUCCGUCACCAUCACGUGCGCUAGUUCACGGCGGUACACGGCGGGGAUGUUUCAGCUGAGAAAAGACUCCAACCUUCUCAUCAGCAGCACGGGAAGUCACACGGUCUUCACCCACCGCAUCACAGACUUAAGGGCAGACGUGGAUAACAACUACACAUGUGUCAUGUUGGUGCACGCUUCCGCUCGGUGGCUCCCGUCCCCUCCGAGCCCUGCGAUCUACAUUCGUGUCGCAGAACGCCCGCGUCCACCGAUUACCUCCAAGACUCCUGACUAUCCCGUGUAUGUGCCUGGAGAAUCCAUCAUCCUCACGUGCGCUAGUUCACGACGAGAUACGGCGGGGAGGUUUCAGUUGAGGAAAUCAUCCAACCUUCUCACUAACAGCACGGGAAAUCACACGACCUUCACCCACCGCAUCACAUAAUUAAGGGCAGACAUGGACAGCACCUACACCUGUGUCAUGUUGGUGCACGUCUCCGCUCGGUGGCUCCCAUCCCUUCCAAGCCCAGUGGUCCAUAUACGUG